CCGGCAACGAGGACGCGGGCAAGCCAGGACUUGGAUAAGGACAGGCUGGGAGGCUGCGAGAUGCAACAUGAGGCCCUCUCUGAGACGUUGGGUGGUUCUCUCGGUUGUUAACUACGCUGCGAAACCUAGGAGUGUUGUCUGCUCGGCCCUGUCAGCACACUCGACCGUCGUGCCUCAACUUCUCUGUCAACAGCGAUCACAUUCUACCAAGGUUUUCGAGUCCAAAAUGGCUGCUUCAACCCGUGAAGCCUUGCGGUCCAACGGCAUCAUCCCGGAUGUCCUGGACGAUUUUGAACCCAAAUAUACCCUCAAAGUCACCUAUCCUUCUACCAAGACCGAAAUAAAUCUCGGCGACCACAUCUCCACCAAGCAGGCGCACGACCCGCCGGUCUACGAAUUCCAUCCCGUCUCACCCACCGAAGGCACCGAGCCCAACAAAGCAUACAGCCUCGUCCUUACCGACCCAGACGCAAAAAGUCGCCAGGAACCCAUCUGGAGCGAAUUCUGCCACUGGGUGGUCGGCAAUGCCUCUAACCCGAGAACCAGCGGCGGGAAGUCGGGCGGGACUUCCCUAGAGAAGUAUAUGCCUCCGAGCCCACCGCCGGGAACUGGAGAUCAUCGGUACGUGUUUGUAUUGCUCAAAGGUGAUGCUAGUAAUGUUGGAAAGUUGAAGGCACCCAAGGAGCGGAAGCAGUGGGGAUACGGCAAGCAAAGGCACGGGGUGCGGCAAUGGGCCUCCGAACACGGGCUCGAGGUGGUUGGAGCAAACUUCUUCUUUGCCCAGCAUGACUAGGUUUGUCUCGCUGGCGCAUAUAAUGUUCCCAUUUGGUAGCCUUUUGGAAUGGGGGCUAAAAGAAAAAUAAAUAAAUAAAUAAUAAGAAAAAAAGAAAAAAAAAGAAAGGAGUGUAAGGAUGGAAAAUAGGCAGUGAAUGGUCUUGAAUGUCUCUGUUUGCGAGGAGCUGUGGAUUUCCUCCUGUGGUUAGUUUUAAUAUUCCUUUUGAAAUAGCUCCCCGAUCCACCUAUGUAGUUAUAUGUGAGAACUCGCCCCUACAUCAAAAAUAAGCACAACCCCAAUAAGUCUGGGAAUAAGAUUCCACA